AUGGACGUUAACAAUGCAUUUCUCAAUGGGGAUUUAUUUGAGGAAGUGUACAUGUCUUUACCUCGUGGUUACACACCGUCUUCUAUCAAUUCUCGAAGACACUGGUGUCCUGCUGUUUCUCCUAUGGAUCCAAAUCUUAAGCUUGCCAAAUCUACUGGUGAACCUCUUUCCGAUAAAGAGGCUACUUCAUAUCGUCGUCUCCUUGGUCGGUUGCUCUAUUUGCAGAUUUCUCGUCUGGAUAUUUCAUUUUCCACACGCGUCAUUCUAUCACCGGUUUCUGUGUGUUUCUUGGAGAAUCCUUGGUCUCUUGGUGCUCUAAGAAGCAGCCCACUGUUUCACGGUCUUCUGCUAAAGCUGAAUCUCGUGCUUUGGCCAGUGUCACUAGCAGCUGUGUCAAUUGCUUCCAAUCCGACUUUUCACGAGCGCACCAAACAUAUCGAGAUCGAUUGCCAUUUUGUACGUGACAAGAUAUCUGAUGGAUUUUUGAAACUCUUGCCUAUUCGUUCUAGCUCCCAGUUGGCUGACAUGUUUACAAAGGCUUUGGGAUCUCCUACUCUCAAGUUUCUAAUGUCCAAGAUGGGUGUUUAUAAUAUUUACACUCCAUCUUGA